AUGGAACAGUUGAAUAGCCUGGAAAAAAGUCUCCCGCCAGAGGGGCCUGUGAACGACCAGAACAUCGAUAAGCUAAACCGCCAGGUUACACAAGAAUUCAAAAUAGCCGCCAAUGCAGUGACCAGUCUGUACCGAUUGUCGUCGGAGAGAAGCUCGCUGAGUAGACACAUGGGGUACGUGGAGUGUUUGGGAGACGUUUUGGAGCUUUUGGACCAGGGUGUUUCGACACACGAGUUGGCCAAAUGGUGUGAGGACCGGAAACAAGAGAAAAGCGGGCACAACAGCGGCCCUGUGGACGAUUCCAGACGCUUUUCGAAGGGUUCUGAAAACACACACUGUGAUUCGGCGGCUGCGGCGAUGAUGACAAGUCCAACGUUCCGGCUAUCUAAACCAGUCAUGUCGGUGGAAAGAGCGCCCAGACGAUGUGUGAAGCCCGAGCUUACAGAGCGGUUUUUGCAGCAGCAACAACAGAGAGACAAACCGGACCGGAGAAGCAAGAAGAAGAGAACAAAGUGA